AUGCUAUCAGACUGGACAGGUGACCAGAUUAACCCAGUGUUCGACAAGGACACAUUCUCGAACGAGUUUGAAACGUUUGGCGUCCAAGCUUCGCCAACAACUGCACCCGAGAUCGAGCGUUUGAAUGGAGACGUUAUGGUAAAGAAGUUCGUGGACGGGACUCAAGGCUUACCAGACGGUUUUGGACGGAUACGUAUCUUAUGUACACGCCACCGCGACUAUCUACGCCGAGAAAUCAAGCCUGCUCAUGCAGCCUUUCGAGGCGUCAUAUUUGCACAUGUACUCGAGGAAUUCCAUCUACCAUCGACAUACCAGCAGAUCCGUACCCACGCAAAUGCUUCCGGUGCAUUCUUCAAAUUUACGGAGCGAGGCUCUGAUGGGUCAGUGCAACGCAUCGGUAAAAACGAAUUGCAACGAUCACUGUAUGAAUUGGAGGUCCGAUUAGGAGUGACUCGUGGUCGGCCACAAAUCCUUCCUGCACGCAGAGCCCAGGACACAAUCUUGCUCUUGGAGGCCAACACUAUGAAUUGCAAUCACAUCGUCACAAGUUUGGUCUAUUUGGAGAGGAGGUUGAGUUUCGCCAAAUCGGCGGCCGAAAGGAUCACGAAAUUGAUGCCAUUGUUCUUGGACACAGAGAUCUCACUGACCAAGGGUGACAAUCUCACAUAUGCAAGUCUGGAUUUCGAAGAGAUUGUUGGCAAUGGAUUGUCCCUUGUUGACAACCAAACUAAUUUAACGCUUUGCCUUCUCAAGCGAGCUUUUGCACUUCGAGAUGUGAUAUUCCUCUUGAUCGCACAGCAGGACAGUCGAACCACGAAGGAGCUCACCCGAGCUGCAAAGAUAGACAGCUCUGCCAUGACAGCUAUCGCAGCCCUAACGAUGUUAUUUCUACCAGCCACAUUUGUCGCAACAUUCUUCGGGAUGAAUUUCUUCCAGUUCGACGAAAGUCAGAACCUGCUGACCACUUCUCAUAACGCCUGGAUCUUCGGCGCCAUCGCCAUCCCCUUGACAAUCGCAGUUUUCGGAGUCUGGAUCGCAUGGGUAAUAGUGCAGAACAAGCGAAUCAUGCCAAAGGACAAGACAUCAGCAGCAUCGGAGCAUCGCCCUAGCCGUCCAUCUGAUCUUCAACGAGUCAAGCCGGGAGUGGCGAGAUACGCGACGUUUAGCCUGCAGAACUGGGAGGAGGAAAUGGCUGCGGGACCUUGCUAUCCCAUCAAGAAGUCUUGGGAGCAGCUGGAGGUCGCGGUGCCGGAUCCGGGCUAG